CCAAAUCCAGUGUACCUGAAUCAAUUCUUGUCAUGCGAAUUUGCAUUGCUGCUCUGAACUGCAGAAACAUGUCACGGCAGCAAAGAGGCUUUGCGCGGAGUGGUGGGCCCUCGACUGAGAGGAGGUGGCUACGACUCUUACGGAAACUGCCAAAUUAAGGGUGGGACUGGAGACGGCCUGGACAUGGAAUUAAGCGGAGGGUGGCUUCUGGAGGCUGGAGUGUGUGCAAUUGCAGACUCGGCGUGGGUUGAGCAUGCGUAUAUGGUUGGGUGAGAAACGAAAGGCAAAGAUACAUUUCACAAGCCAGGGUUCCAGGACCACAGUGGAUAAUGCGCCCCUCCCCUAGAAAUCUGUGGUGGACGGUUGGGAAGUUUCUGGCCUCCGGUUUUUUUCUCUUCUGCCUCGUUGGUCCCUCUCUGGCUGCGUCCUUCCUUCUUGGCUCGCCGCUCGUCUCUGCUUCACCUUCCUUGCCCUCCCCUGCAUCAGCCGCUGGUGUCGCAACGCCUACUCCGUCGUGUCGUUGACAAAAAAGGUUCUGAGCGUAGUGCGGAACAGAAUUAGUGAUCUGUUCGUUGGAUUGAUCAGAGUGGUGAGUCGAAGCUAGGACGACUGCAGCCAUGGGGGUCGCAAUGCGUCUCCGCACUCCCAAUCUCCAUGCUGCCUUGGCUAGCUCGUCGCUGCCUGUAUGCUCUGCUGGACGGACGUCAUUUCUCACCUCUCUCCAGGUCCCUACUCCACUUCGAUCGUCAUGUCAUCUUCCGUCCCUUGCUCUCAACCGCCGUGCUCAGCGUUCGACAAUUGUUAUGCAAGCGGCAGAUGGCUCGCCAGGUCCAACAAAGGAAGAGGAGGAGGUGAUAGACAACAAAAUUUUGCAAUAUUGCAGCAUCGACAAAAAAACGGCCAAGCGAACUGUUGGAGAACUGGAGCAGGAGUUUUUGGAAGCCCUACAGUCAUUUUAUUAUGAGGGAAAGCCCAUGAUGUCCAACGAAGAGUUCGACAACCUGAAGGAGGAGUUGAUGUGGGAAGGAAGUAGUAUCGUCAUGCUCAGUCCUGACGAACAGAGGUUUAUGGAAGCAUCCUUGGCAUACGCAGCUGGCAAGCCCAUCCUUACUGACGCUGCCUACGAUGAGUUGAAGAUGAAGUUGAAGAAACAGAGCAGCAAAGUGGCGAUCGAGGGACCGAGGUGCAGUCUUCGAAGCAAGAAGGUGUACAGUGACUGCACCGUCGAUUAUUUGAAGAUGACGCUGCUCAAUGUUCCAGCUGCUCUAGUUGCGCUUGGUUUGGUCUUUUUCUUGGACGAUGUUACUGGCUUCGAAAUAACUUAUUUGCUGGAGCUUCCAGAACCGUACAGUUUCCUAUUCACAUGGUUCAUCGUGCUACCAGUUACUUACUUGAUAGCUCAGUCUCUGACGAAUGUCAUCGUCAAGGAUCCUCUCAUUUUGAAGGGUCCAUGCCCUAAUUGUGGAGGAGGAACCACCUCCUUUUUCGGAACCAUUCUGACAAUCCCUAGUGGUGGAUCAGUGAACACCGUUCAGUGUGAAUCGUGCAAGUCAAGCCUGCUCUAUGAUCUCGAAGCCCGCUUGAUCACUUUGGACCCAACACCUCCGAAGGAGAAAAAGUCGAAGGCUCCAAAGAAAGCAGUCGCAUCUUCUUAGAACACAACGUCAAACCUUGUGGUCAUGUAUGAAUGUAUAGUUCCUGUCUUUAUACAUGUUCAUCGAGCCCAUAAUACUUCUGCGAAGCCUCUUCGAGAUUUUCUACGCCAUCGAGCAGUCAUGGAGAAGCUAGAAAUAGGAAGUUUGUAUCUUUACCGCUUUCGAUGUACCGUGAAAAGGAGUAAAACCUUCUAAUGGGAGGUGCUGCAAUGGUAGCAGCCAAGAAGUUGCAAUAUGAGUUGUAAACUAGUCGACCAACCACUCGCUCGUAGCAGUCGCUUCAUCACAUAUGAUGUGUAACAUCUCCUUCUUGAGAUCAUCUUGUUUAUUGAUCACUGUACCAAAAUAGAUGACUUUCUUCAGUACCUUCACGUGGAAACAUUUUCCACCUACUUUGGAACUACAAGUAUCGAAGUGUCCUGUAAAUGCUAUAACAUUUCGGCUGGUUCUCAUGCAAUGAUUUUGCAACACAGUUGAGAUUUUCACUUGCUUGGUAGUAUGUGAUAAAGACACUUACACGUUUGUCAGACCCCUGCUCUACAGAGGCAAAAAACGUGGAAUUGGAAAGCUCAUUGGGAACUAUGUCCACGACUCGAAGAGCCUUAGCCUCAAAUCUGAACGAGUGAAUU